GUUGAAAUAUUUCAGGUAUGGGAAGCAUGGAAGCCAACAUCUCAAUUCCUCCAUAUGAAUCUGAAGGGAUGCUCCAUGAGUUUGCUGGCUAUACUGUUCUGUGGAUACUCCCAAUGAUGCUACUCUCACUCACUUUUGUCCUUGGUGUGCUGGGCAAUGGGUUGGUGAUCUGGGUGGCUGGAUUCCGGAUGGUGCACACAGUCACCAUCAUCUAUUACUUGAACCUGGCCUUUGCUGACUUCUCCUUCAGUGCCACCCUACCUUUCCUCAUUGUUUCCAUGGCCAUGAGAGGAUUUUGGCCUUUUGGCUGGUUCUUAUGCAAGUUCACUAACAUCAUGAUGGCCAUAAAUCAAUACGGAAGCAUCUUCCUGAUUGCUGUCAUUGCUCUGGACCGCUGUAUUUGUGUACUUUAUCCAGUGUGGGUCCAGAACCACCGCAGUAUUACUCUGGCCAAGAAGGUGAUCACUGGACCCUGGAUUCUUGCCGGAGUCUUUGCUUUGCCAACUUUCAUCUUCUCAAAUACAAUAAAUGAUCGACAAGGGAAUGUUCACUGUUUGGUCUCCUUGGAAUCUUUGGGAUCUACAGAGGAAGAGCAGGUGAAGAUACUCAUUGCAAUAUUACUACCUCUUGGGAUUGUCCGGUUCAUUAUUGGCUUCUGUAUGCCCAUGUCCACCAUCUUCAUCUGUUAUGGGCUCAUCACUGGCAAGAUUCAUAGAACAGGCAUCAUGAAGUCCAGCCGUCCCUUUUGGGUUCUCACUGCUGUUGUGGCUUCCUUCUUCAUUUGUUGGUUCCCCUUUCAACUGAUUGUCCUUCUAGUCUCAGUCUGGGCCAAAGAGAUCACAAUGUAUGAAGAUAAUUACAAAGUACUCCUGGUACUGAUCCCUCAAACAAUGUCCCUGGCCUGCUUCAACAGCUGCCUCAACCCAAUACUCUAUGUCUUUGUGGGUCACGACUUCCGAGAGAGACUGAUCCACUCCCUGCCCAUCAGAUUGGAGAAGGCCCUGAGUGAGGACUUGGUCCAGACCAUCAACACAGCCGCCAGUUCUGGGGCACCUCUUGCAGAGGGGGAGUUAAGAGCAAUGUAA